UUAAAAAUGAGUCUGUCAGGGAAGAUGGUGAGGCAGGUGGAGAUUAAAUCGGACGGUGACGUGUUCCAUCAGAUCUGGCGGCACAGGCCACACCACAUCUCCAAUAUGUCUCCUGGAAACGUACAAAGCUGUGAUCUGCAUGAAGGUGAAUGGGGUACCGUUGGAUCAGUCAUCUAUUGGAAUUACACUCAUGAUGGCAAGAAAAAAGUGGCCAAGGAUAUUAUUGAAGCAAUCGACGAGGAGAACAAGUCAGUAACCUACAAGGUGAUUGAAGGAGAUCUGAUGGAGCUGUACAAGACCUUCAUCGCCACCGUUCACGUGGACACUAAAGGAGACAAAAACCUGCUGAACGAGGGGGUUGAAGAUCCGACGACGCUCUUGGACUUCUGCGUUACGCUCACCAAGGAUAUUGAGGCCCAUCAUCUCAAAUAA